UGAAUAUUAGGGCGGUCACUCUGGACUCCAAGCUGAAACCUGCCGAAGAACGGUAUGACACAAUUAUCAUCAAGGAUCCUGACAACAACUGGAUUGGUCGGUGGGUAAAUCAAACAUCUAGCAGCAAAAUAUUACAGCUGUUAUACCAUCUGAACUCUGAGGCCAUGGAGGGUUUCUACCGGAUUGUAGUGCACCAAGGUGAACAAAGAUUUUCUCACAGCUUCAAGGUGCAAAAGUACGCUUUGCCUAAAUUUGACAUCCAUGUAACUCUAAGCAAAGAAGUCAGURUCGGACAGGAUUCGUUUGAGGUUCAAGUAUGUGGAAAGCACAAACAUGGGAGACCUGUUAAAGGAGAUAUCAAAGUGAGGGUCUGCCGGCCUCUCAAAAACUACCAGGCCUGUAAACCUGCGUUCAUCCAGAAAAUCUCCAAGGAAAUCAGCUUGACUUCUCCGUGCAAGACGGAACGAGAAGAGGCAUGCAACAAAGGCUGCGCCAAGUUUGUCUUCACAAUGUCAUCCUUCACCAGUAUUGACCCAAAGGCUUUGUYGGAUGUACUGGAUGUCAGUGCUACAGUGGAUGACAAGCUGUCAUGUGUUUCACACACACAGUGGGAGAGAAUGAAGAUAACGUAUCUCAUUGGAAGACUGUCUUUUCUUGAAAUCCCUAACACUUACACCCACGAAAUAGAUCUGGUUGGAAAAGUUAAAGCUGUUGAUUACCAAGGCAACCCUGUCUCUGGUUUGACGCUGUAUGUGCUUAUCGGUAAAAGGGGGUAUGAUGUGCAGACCGUCACAACCAAUGAGCAUGGUGUUGCCAGUUUUAGCCUCAAUACACAGAAAUUUAGAGGUGAUGUCGUUAUCCAUGUGAGUCAAACACCAACACUGGAGGAGCAUGAAUGGAAGAAUAUUGCUUUCUACGAGCGUUCAAAGUUCAAAGUUUAUGGAUUAAGUCACGUUCGUUUAUCAGUUGGAUUUUUGAGGAUUCAUCCGUCUAUCAGACCUCUUCGCUGUGGAAAGAAAGAAGAAAUCACCGUUGAGUACAGUUUGAAACAACAGGAACAAAACCCAGUGGACGUAGUGUUUCUGGCCUUAGCCAGAGGACGCAUCUUCUUCCAUGGAUAUAAACAGUUGUAUCUCCUCUCUCCAGUGAAUAGUGGACAGUUUGUCUUCAAGGUGAAAGUGCAGCCAGACUUCACACCAUUUAUUCAGGUUGUAGCGUAUGUGGUCCUCAGCUGUGACAAAGUGCUCUCCCACAGCGCUAAGUUCAACACCGAGAAAUGCUUCAAAAAUAAG